AACAACCUCAAAAGCACAACAGGUUUUCUCUCUCUUCCUCUCUCAACCUUUUCUUUCUCUUACUCUCUCUCUCAGGUUCAGAAUCUCACGGUACUCGGUUCUGAAUUCUUGCUAUUUCCUUUGAUUUUGCAGCUUAGAAGUCUAGUUAAAGAGAAAGAAUGUCAAGUGUAGCAACACACUGGUGUUAUUCAUGCAGGCAGCCAAUUGUGCUUGACGUGGGAGAUGUUGUUUGCCCUAUCUGUGAUGAUGGGUUUGUACAAGAACUUAAUGAGUUGCAAGGAAAUGAACCCCAACAUACCACUUCAUCACAGCUGGGAGAGUUUCAUCAAUUUCCUGACAUUUUGGAUGCUAUAAAUGCUUUUAUGGGGCGGAGAGGUUCUGACCCGAGACAAAGGGUUAGGAACCCUGUUGAUAAUUUCAUGAGGCACAGAAUGGCUGGAAGACACCCAGACUUUGAUAUUAGAGGGAGGUCUGGUUCUGCCCCAGUUCCUGAACAGAGUUGGGGUGUUUAUAGUUCUGGUCCUUAUUUAAUAUUUCAUGGUCAAGUUCCUGGAUUCAGCUUGUCUAAUGGCAGCCCAAGAAGUGGUCCCAGACGCGGUGAUUUUAGUGACUUCUUUAUGGGCCCUGGACUGGAAGAACUUAUUGAUCAACUCACCAUGAAUGAUAGGCACGGUCCACCCCCCGCCACUCGUUCUUCAAUUGAUGCGAUGCCUACUAUUCAGAUCACACAGGCACAUCUUCGAUCAGAUUCACACUGUCCAGUUUGUAAAGAAAGAUUUGAACUGGGCUCUGAAGCCAGAGAGAUGCCAUGCAACCAUUUUUACCAUUCUGACUGCAUUGUUCCUUGGUUGGUUCAGCAUAACUCAUGUCCUGUUUGCCGUGUUGAGCUGCCACCUCAAGGACAGGUUAGUGCUUGCAGUAGUCGAACUUUGGCUGCAAGAAAUGCCAACAGCAGUGGUGGCAAUGAUAGCUCCAGCAGCAGGGAUAAUAGCAAUCAAAACCACGGAAGGAGAAAUCCACUAUCAUUUUUGUGGCCAUUCCGUUCUUCUAGUUCAAACAGUAAUCAUUAUGCUGAGACUGGGGGAAGCAGCUCUUCAACCUCUUCUGACCAGAAUAAUGGAACAAGAUAUAGUGGAUGGCCCUUUAAUCACUAAAAGCUUCAUUUCUUCUCCUGGAUAAGAAUAAUUAGCUAUCUAAUAAUGCUUGUAAUUUACAAUGAGAAGGAAAGAGUUUCUUAAGAUUGUAUUUUGAACUUAAUCUCAUGGGAGGAAGAUGGAGGAUAGAAGUUUGUUAAAAUCUUUGUAAAUGCAAUUGCUUGGUAAGUUGAAUCUCUUUUAAAUU